AAUUCAAUUUUAUUAUAAACUAAGUUUAGUUGUAUAUAGGGCGUGAUGGAUAAAAACGAAGCCUACGACAAGAGGCCAAAUACAACUAGGACAGAUCUCAGUAUGCUUCUGGAGUGUCUCAAGUUUCAAAUGAAAUGCCCAGAGUUACAAAAACAAGCUCUUCUUACCAUUCAAUCAAUCUGCGAAAACAGAGAGGAUAAUGUGGACCUGUUAAGAGAAAUCGGAGGGGUGGCAUUUGUGUACAACCUUUUUAAAUCCAGUGUUGUUCAUGCAGAUGUCAAGGAAACAGCACUCUUUACACUUGGGACUUUAGCAGAAGCCAACGUGUUUUGUAAAACUUCCCUCUGCAAAAAAGAGACUUUUGCAGACCUGGCUGGAUGGCUGACAAAAAAAGACAUUUCACUGACACAGAGGAGAGUGGCCGUGUAUUUGUUGUCUGUGUUGGUAGCCAACAACAAAUCAGGCCAAUCUUUAGCCCUAACCAGUGGCUGCAUGAAUGGUCUACUGGAACUCUUCAGGACAACCUUUCCUCUUCCUGUGGACACUUCUGCAGUUGUAGAUUAUGAUGCACACACCCAUCCAUUGUGGGCAUCGGUGUCUAAUGGUCUUUGCGGAUGUGUUAACAAUCCUCAAAAUGAAGACGCUCAGCUUAUUUGUGUAGCCACUUUUCCAAUUCUGAAAAUCUGGCUUAAGGAGGCUUUGACACACCUAGAAAUAUUCAAGACAAUUUGUUCAUUCAUAGCAAUGACUGUGGCCAACAACACAUCAGUUCAGGAGAGUUUUCGUACCUCAGGGUGUUUGGAAACGAUCACACUUUUAUUGCUUCAACUUGUUCCUGAUGCACAAACGAGCUUGGUGCCCUGCCAGCUGUCUGCCACUAUAUCAAAGACCUUGUCGGCUUGCAUCAGUGAAAACUCUGCUUUGGCUUCAGAUCUGGCUCAAUAUGACAUUGUGUCCAAACUCCUCCUCCUGCUGGCCAGCCCAAACUUGAACCCUGAGGACACACUCUCGGUUUUACUUACCCUUAGUUACUGCACUGAGUCCUCUGAGGAGCACCAGUUCCAGCUGGUGAAAUGUGGAGGUUUGGGCCUCAUCAUAAAUCUGCUCACAGAGGACCACAGUGAGGAGGUCAGGAAAGCAACAACAUUCAUAUUGCAGAACUGCAAACAGGCCACCAUGUUAUUGGCAGAGCCCACUCUGACAUCAGGGAUUACGGAGGAUAUAAAAGCAGAACCGCUUAUCAGCAUGGAAAGCAUGAAAAGCUCAGCCGUGGACGUUCUUUACAGAAUUAACCAACUGGAGCGGAAACAAGCCAAGGAGGCUGAGCAGCAAGACCCACCAGCUACACCUGAGAAGAAAGUUCUACCUGUUCCAUCCUCAGUCUCAGCCUUACAUUUGCAGCCUAUGAAAAGGACCCAAACCGUCCUUUCAGCACACACACAACCGAGCAGGCAUAAGGAGGAAGACAACAAUACUCAUCCUCCGUGUGUAAAAAAUGUAGCAAUGAAGGAGAAAGAUGGGUACCGGAAAAAGGCGAGCUCCAGGUCAGGUAACUGUAAGGACAAUGCAAAAGCAAGCAAGAGCAAUGGGGAGUCGUCCGUUCUCUCGAAUACCACGGCACUAAUGUCUUCUCAUGUAAAGUCACUAGAUGGAGGCAGAGAGCCAGAUAUUGCAAACGGUCAGAAAUUAACGGUUCCAGAAUCAAGGAGGCAGAAGUUAUCCAAGAAAAUUAAACAUGCUGACAAAGAGUCACAGGACAAGAAAAAGGGUCAUACGAGGACAUUCAGAGAAGAAGACAUAUCGCUUCAUUCACGGUGCACAGGUUGCAUGCUGACCUUUGAGGAAGUGACCAGUCACACCUUUUCAUCUCUUCAGAGCUCCUUCCAUCACUGCUGUGACAUGCACAGGGCUCUCCAGGUGGCUACAGACCGAUUCAGGACUGGUCUGUCCAGCCUCCUCGUGGGAACGGACGGUGUGUUUCAAAGAAGACCCGCAGAAUUGGACCUUGCUGCACAGAGAAGGUGAGGAGGAAGAGAAGGAUGGGGGCCUCUGAGGAAGUGUCGGAUGUUGGACACAAGUGUGCGUGGUGGGAGCAGUGUCCUCUGCAUUGCAUAUUGGCAGCGCACAAACACAGAGCACAGGUCAUGAAUGUGAGUAAAUAUAAAUAUAUAGCAUAUAAAAUAUAGCAGAUGAACUACAGACUAUAGAAAUAUCACAAAACAAAAACAAAUUUGCACAGGAGGAGAUUACAAAAAUACUAAUACAUAGUAGUAUCCAGUUAAGAAAUGAUUUAGUGAUUGGUAUAAUUAACAAAGGGGUACUAAUGACAGAAAACUGGUUUGGGUUAAGCUCUUCAGACUCAUUAAAUCAUUAUGUGUUUUGAAAGGAGAUUUAAUAGGAAUUCUUUAGUUGUAUUAUUUUUAGUUUUUCUCACAGCCUUGUUCAAUAUCAUUACACCUGUAUUAGAGGGAUUGACUUAUGCCCUGAGUUUGGGGAGAUUUCUCCGAGCUCGUCUCUGUUUGAAACCCUGUUCUAAACCUGCCAUUAUAGUUGUUUUUAAAUGUUCUUGGUUCUCUCUGUGUUGAUUACUUAUACUUAUCUUAUUAAAACGUGAAGAACGUUUCUAACUCUCUAUUUGCUUCUGUUAAAGCUUGUAUUUUGUAUUUUCUUCAUGUACAAAGUUUAGCAAAGAAGACAGUAAAACAUUUAUUCAUUUGUUAUUUCCGCAAAAGCCAAUCCCAGGCUGUCCUGUCUCCGUUGCCUCCUUCUUGGGAAAUAUUUUUGAUUUUUUUUUUUAACCUCACAGUGAAGUCUGGUGAUUGACUGAUGUUCAAAUGUACAGUUGUAGGAUAUGACAUCAUAGAGUGGAACCUCGGUUUUUGAACUUUCCAACUCACUGCCCC